AAGGGGAAAACUUUCAGAGAUUUUGAAGCUCAUGUCCCAUUUUGACAUUAGAGACAGACCAAAAACCAAACUUCCCUCUUCAAGGAGAACAACUCUGAGGACACAUCCUACACAGUGAAGGUCAAACCCCGAGGACAGGUGGGAUUUGUUAAGACACAUUUUUGAGAGGAGGAUGUCUCUGAAUGCAUGUUUUUAACAGAUUUCUACCCUGCUGAAAUAAAGGAUGUGCCAGAGCUAGACCGGAGCUGGAGGAGGCAGGGACUGGGCAUGCCCAGCCCGGUGGGGAGGGAGGAGAGGAGGCAGAGACACGCACGGUGAACAGUUGAGAUGUCUGACAGUAAAAUCCCGACGAGGAACUGCUCGUUUCACGGCAUCACGUCUGUUUCCACCUGACACGCCGUCCCUCCCAUCUCCUCACACGACGCGCACGGUCACGCACGGCGGAGCGGCGGGGAGGACGCGGAUAAAUGUGGACCGCAGUGGCACCGGCAGCGCGCCGCCUGCAGCAGACGGCGAUGCAACAGCAACUCAGCAUCUUCGGCGCCGCUGCAGCCGCACAUCCAGCACCGGCAGCGCGUCUCCUGGUAUGAGGAAUAGGGAGCUGCUGGAGGUGUCCCGUGGGCAUGUUUGUCCUCUGGCCGAUCAUCCGCUGUGUCUCUGCUCUGCACACAGACGCUCUGGGAGGCAGAAGAAAGACCGUCUAAAAUAAACUGACACCUACCACCAGCAGAAACCAAAACCGACUCACAAAAAAAGGGCAAAAAAAAGAAAGGACAAAGAAGAACCUCUCUUUCACCCUGCCCAACUCCUUCUCUGCUCCACUUCUGCUUCUCUGUCCUCAUUAGCGAGGGAGGUCAUGUCCCAGUCUGGAAAAGUCCUUCAUCUGUAUGUGGAAGUGAGGUCUGCCCCAGAUCAGAAUGCAGGAAAAGGGCCGUUUGGGGAGAGUGAAGGAGGGAUUGCUCAGGGGCAUUCGGUUCAGGACAGUCCUGCGGAGCUCCUCUCUCAGCUAGCAAACCAGACGACCUGCCAGACGGUCAGCAAGGCCUCCACGGCUCACCGCCUGGUUCAGGACUGCACACACAGCCAGUCUCCGUCUAAAAACUCUGUUAGCUUCCAGCUCCAGCAAGCUGGCAGCUCACCGACAGUUGCCAAGCGUUGGAGUUCGCCCGUCCACUCUUCACCAAAUUUGGGGAAGGUUCCUCACAUUCCUCCCAUCGGCCAGAGCGAUGGGAAGCGAUCUGUGGUCACCUUCAGUUACGUUGAAAAGUCGAAUGUAAAGACUUUGGACAGUCCACGAAACUCCGUGUGCGAGAGACGAACCAGAGAGGAACGAUCGACCCCUUCCCACGUCAGAAAACGCUUCAGCGACCCAGUUUGGUUUGGGAGUCCUGAUUCAUCGUGCAGCUCCAGUCCCAAGCUGACGUUCCAAUCUCCGGGAAGUCACCAGCAGACGUUCUCCCCCGGCCUUCGCCAGCCUCACCUGGACCCCAUCGGCAGGGCAGCUACCCAGAGGGCUGUGGAGGAGUUUGGCUCCCCAUUACUGAGGAUUAAACUGGCCCAUGCCCUCGAGCACACCUCAUCCUCACGCUACAACCAACAGCCACGCUGUCAGUCGUGGGCCGGGUCUCCUGUUCAGCGGCAGAACAUCAGCGUAAACCCCAAAGACCACCUCGCAGACAGGAGCCAGGCUAUUUGUGGGCUGCCUCGGAGCCCAGCGUCUGACCAACUGUCUUUCCAAUCCAGGCCUCAUUCCAGACCUGGGUCCUGUGCAGAACCCCAAAGCCCCCUUCACUGGUCGGGACAGGACAGAACUAUUGCAGGAAGUCCAGCCUCCAAAAGACACAGAACCUGCAACAGGAGCGCUUCACCACAGGGAGCGAUCCUACAACUUGGCAAUAACGGAGUCGAGGGUUUGAACCAGUUAAGCGACAGCAAAUCUUCGUCUCCAGCUCACAGCCCUGAAGUCGCCCGCAGGCUGGCGGAGGAGGCAACCAAAGUAUCGUCGAUUUUCACCGAGGCCAGGAGGUCCUCACUGCACAACGCUUUAGGCGAGCUCGCAAGCAGCUCAAACUCUGGAGAAUCAGCUCCAAAUGCACAACAGUUUAAGCAAAUGCUUAAGAUGAACAUCCCUUUAAACGACCAACCCACGCCAGCAACUGAAAACACAGACUCUCACCAGCCUGAAAACUCUGUCUUGCAGUCACAUGAGACGAACUCCCAUAUCAACAAUGACACACAGCAGGAGGACUGCAUUCAGAAAACCCAGCAUCAGAGCUCCGUCUUAUCAGCAGCUCAGAGUUCUCCUGCUCUUCCCUCACGUGUCCUUCGUCCUUCUCAUCCUCCCACUGAGUUCAGUUCUCCCAUCAGGGACCCCAGGCUUUUCCAGACUGAGCUCCGAGCUCCGGAUACCCCGACCCUGCACCGCCGACAGCCACCACAGUACACCGGAGACUCCUGGUCCCCGACUCUGGACCGAAGAGGAGACCUGAGCUGCUUUGAGAAAGGGGACUGCACUGAGCUUGCUCGCAGGCUCUUCAUUAAUCAGAGUGUUGAGGAGGCACCGGUCAGCUGGACUUCCAGACAGCAGUGGGGGGACCUCACGGAGAACAACCCGGGACGAAACCCUCAGCCUGAGUCCAACAGUGACCAAACUCCUGAUCAUCAACCCAGGCAGCGCCGCCGGCCGCUCAGCCCGACGGCUCAGCAGAAAAGGGCUGAGCAGAGGAGGAGGGAGAUCCUUCUUCUGGGUCCUGUGGUGCUCGACUCUGCAGAGGAGGAUGAGGGCUGCGAUGAGGAAGGACAGGGCAAUGAGGUGGAGGGAUACGGUGCUCCACAGAGGGUGGAAGAACCUGCAGAGGUGGAGCAGAAUGGAGCGAUGGGAGGUUCGUCCUCGCGGAGCUCCAGUGGGGUGACAGGAAGUUUGGGGGACAGGGACUGUGUUUCCCCAGAAUCCAGUCAGUCCAGUCACCAGAGCAACGAGACCGGAGCCGCCACCUCAGGAAUACAGACGGACAGCGGAUGUGCAGCUCCGGUUCCUUCGCUUCACUGUCAGAGGAUCGCACGAGCAAAGUGGGAGUUUUUAUUCGGGACUCCUGCUGAGGAGGCAGCCGGCAGGGGGGAGAAAAAUUCCCUGGAAGCCUCCACAGCGCCUCCUAGUGGUAACUCCAGCGAGUCUCCCACCCCGACUCCCCCGUCCUCCCUGCCGCUGCUGUCGGCUAACCACGAGGUGCAGCACGUGGAGGUGGAGCUGGUGACUCCUCCCCCGGCCGUCGUCGGGACGUCCCCCAAAACCGGCAUCAUCCGCCGGACGCUGAAAUAUUCGGAGACGGACCUGGACGCCGUCCCUCUGCGCUGCUACCGAGAGACGGACAUCGACGAGGUGCUGCUGGCCGAGCAGGACGACGCAGACUCAGCGUUCGGGAGCAACCGGAGCGUCCAGGGAACCUCCGGGACCGGCAGCAGCCCUCUGGGGGGGCUGGCUUAUCGGGAGGAGGUGGGAGAGAGAGGAGAGGGAAGGGAGGAGGAAGAAGAGGAAGAUGAGGAUGAUGAGGAGGAAGAGGAGGAGGAAAUGGUGAGCUGGGCCAGCGUCAGGAUGCAAGGAGACAGCAGGAAGCAGCAGCACGCAGCCGAGGAGGAACCGGAGGUGUUCGGACACCUUCUGAAGAGACCCAUGGAGACGUUUUUCGACAACCACCACCCGGCCCUGAAGUCCCCCAUCCUGGUGUCUGGGCCCCGCCUGGCCGCCGAGGACACCUUCAGCCGCCACUUUGAGAGCAUCAUGGAGUCGCACCGAGCCAAAGGGACGUCCUACAACAGCCUGGACUCCGAGGAGCUGCUGACCUCCAGCACUCAGACCGUCCUGACCUUCGAUCUGCCCACGCUGACCCCGGCCAUCCACGGCCCGGUGUGUCAGAGCGCCCGGCAGAUCGUCCAGCUCAGCUUCGCCCCGCUGGCUCACGACGAGAGGCCCAGUCUGUCUGAUUCCAUCUUCACGGUGACGGGGGACUCCGACGCCACCAGAGCGCCGUCCAGCGAGAGGCUGAGCAGCGGUUCGGACGAUACGCCGCCCAGAGGACAAGAGUGUUCACAGCUGGGCAGCAGCUGGUACAGCAACCCCACGUUCUCCUUACCCAGCAGGGAAAAGGCCCGUCUGGCGACAGACUCGGAGCUGGACCAGGACCUCAGCGACCGGCUGGGUCUGGGCAGCAGCGACACCCUCACCAACGGCAGCCACCGGGCCGACGUGGCGGCCGCCAAACGCCUCGCCAAACGUCUCUUCAACCUGGACGGCUUCAGGAAGUCCGAUGUGGCGCGACACCUCAGCAAGAAUAAUGACUUCAGCCGCAUGGUUGCAGAAGAAUAUCUGAGUUUCUUCAACUUCACAGGCCUCGCUCUUGACCAAGCACUGCGGACUUUCCUCAGGCAGUUCGCUCUGAUGGGGGAGACUCAGGAGAGGGAGAGGGUGCUGUCACACUUUUCUAGGCGUUACUUGGACUGCAACCCUAAAGUCAUGCCAUCAGAAGAUGCAGUCCACACGCUCACCUGUGCCCUAAUGCUGCUCAACACUGAUCUUCACGGUCAGAACAUCGGCAAGAGGAUGUCGUGCACGCAGUUCAUCGGCAACCUGGAGGGACUGAACGACGGCCAAGAUUUCUCCAAAGAUCUGCUCAAAGCUCUUUACAACUCCAUCAAGAAUCAGAAGCUGCAAUGGACACUAGACGAGGAAGAGCUGCGGAAGUCGUUUUCGGAGCUCGGGGACAGUCUGUGCGAGUCCAACACCUCCAGGUCCAUGAAGAGGGUCGGCAGCAGCGGGAAGCCCCUGUCCGACGAGACGGAGCCGUCGGGAACGCUGCUCUACAAGAACGGCUUCCUGGUCCGGAAAGUCCACGCCGACUCCGACGGGAAGAGAACACCGAGAGGGAAACGAGGCUGGAAGACUUUCUACGCCAUCCUAAAAGGGCUCAUUCUCUACCUGCAGAAAGGCGAGUACAGGCCUGACAAGCAGCUGUCAGACGAGGACCUGAAGAACGCCGUUUCCAUCCAUCACUCUCUGGCCAUGAAGGCUUCCGACUACAGCAAGAGACCCAACGUUUUCUACCUGAGGACCGCCGACUGGAGGGUUUAUCUCUUCCAGGCACCGAACGCGGAGCAGAUGCAGUCCUGGAUCACUCGCAUCAACACGGUGGCCGCCAUGUUCUCAGCUCCUCCCUUCCCGGCCGCCAUCGGAUCCCAGAAGAAGUUCAGCCGACCGCUGCUGCCGGGGACCACGUCCAAACUGACCGAGGAGGAGCAGGUCAGAUCCCAUGAAACGAGAUUCAGAGCUAUUUCCACCGAGCUGGCCGAGCUGCGAUCGUUUCCUCCCGACCGUAAGGUGAAAGGCCGCGAGCUGGAGGAGUACCGGCAGCGAGACGAGUACCUGGACUUUGAGAAAACUCGAUACGGGACUUACGUGAUGCUGCUUCGAGCUAAGAUCCGGAGCGGCGAGGACGACCUGUCGGUGUUCGAGUCUCAGCUCCUGGAGGACAACGGCCUGCAGAGGGCGCACUCCAGCCCCACGCUGCAGGACAGCAGCCAGGCCAGCCUGGCCAGCAGCACCAGGGACGGAGGCAACAGCAGCAAAGCCAGCGGCUGCAGCGGCACCAAGCCUCGGCAGGAAGGCCAGAGACACAGCUACCGGCAGGCCGUGAAGAAGUGAGGCGGGGCGGGGGGCCGGGAGCGGCACGGCGUUGCACUGCCAGCAUCAGGCCGUCUCCCUGCACCGGCUUUUAUUUGAGAUCCAGGAGGGUUUGGAGCUCUGCUUGAAAGGGGGAGCAGGAGUGAGGGUCUGACCCCACGCCCUCCCCCGACCACGACGCCCCACCCGGCACCCCAAUCUUCUCAUUCAACAGAGGAGGUGCAGAUCCUGUGACUGGCAGAGCGGCUGGAAGCAGCAGCGAGGUGCAGGAGGUCACAGGUCUGCAGGGAUGAAGGUGUCUUUAGGAACUGGGAGCAGCAACAGACUGAGCUGAGCAGCCUCACCACGAGCUGCAGACGGAUGACCGGGGCUCCACAGGGGCCCUCAUCCACCAUCCUUUCCUCCCCUUUCGUUCUUUCGAGGCACCUCACAUUCUCCCGCCUUUUUUUUCGUGACCUUGCACUCUGUUUUUUCGGGACCAAACACGUUUACACACUUGAACUUUGUCAUCGCAUCGCAGCCGGCUGACUGCGGACUGAUCGCCGGCUCACAUUCCAGCUCCUUUCUUUUGCCACAUCACCACGGUGUGUUCACAUUCCACACAGGAGCCGGAAGUUACAGCUUUUUUAGCUUCUCUGCGUUUCGCCUGAAGGCGGCGUCAGGUUGAAAGAGUUGCGGCUGCAGCAGACGUGCAGCUCGUCUCUCUUCCGUUAGCGGACGUUACAGACUCUGAUAUGCAGCGACAGAACUGCGUCUCACAGACAGAGGCUGUGGUUCUGUUUUUGUUCCGUUUUUCUUUGCUCUACUCGAACAUCUCUUUCCCAGUUUGCUUUGCUUCUUGUCCCGUGACGUGCUUCUGUUCUCUUUCUGCUUCUUGGCCGAAUGUUGUUUUCUGCAGUGAUCCGCAUGCCUGCAUCCAGCGCAGCUUCUUUUAGGGCCUUUUUGCUACUUUGAGCGCAGCACCAAAUCAAUUGUUCUGCGGGGGGUCGUUUCACAUCUUUCUCCUCAUGCCGGUGCCAUAACCCAACCAUCUUCUGUCUGUACUUCUAGCCGCUCAUUUCUACUGUAAACCCUGUGUUGACACUCACCGGGCAGACCCUGAAUGUCGUUGUUUUCUCUGUAUUUUUACGGUAUUUUACAGUCAUUUGUUGUCGUCGAGCCUCCUGUGUGUGUCAAGUGUACGAUGAAAUAUGAUAUUGAAGAUGUAAAAGGAAAUAUGUUACCCAUACUCUUUGUAAACACCCAGGAUAUGUUGUAUAUAACGCACCACCUGCUUAUAUUGUAGGAUUCAUGACGGUAUAUUUACAAUAUAUUCAGCACACUGACGUGACGAUGCAUUACAGGUACACUUAUCUUCGUGUAAGUCCCGCAACAUGAUAAUCACGUGUUGUUUUUUUAUUAUUUAAUAUGAAUAUUAUAGUAUGUACCUAUCAAAGAUUAGUAAAAGGUGUUUUUGGCAGGUUUGCGCAGGAAAUAAUCCAAAGACAGCGCAUGGUUUGCUACGAGCAUGAUUUUAGUCGGAUCGGGGCUGAUUCUGUUCUUAAAGAUGCAUGAAAAAGGGUGAGGAAUGUAUAAGUGUGUUUUCAGGGGGAUGGACUGGUCUAGAAUAUGGAACCACGUAAUGUUUGGUAGCCAUACACCUCAUAGCAUUAUCGAUGCAUAGCCAUUUUCUACUCAGGCUUUAAAAAAGAAAAAAAAAAACACACACUUACACCUUUGAGCGGCUGCAGCGCCAGCGUUCAACCAGCAGGGAGAGCUGUCAACAUUUCAGCCAUAAUCACACCUGCUGCACCUGCAGUCGAUAUGCACGGCGUCGUUGGCCUAAAGGGGCGACGCAGGGCUAAAGAACUACUAAAAAAACCAACGAGACAGCACCUGUUUGUUUUUACCUGCGGAUGUGGAGUGUGUUUGCGUGUUGGGAGUGUGUGUCGGCGUGUGCAUGCUGGGAACUGCGCUGGUUCGUUCACUUUGGGUUUGUCGUCGUCCAGCAGCAGCUCCCCGUGUCGUCGUAGUUUAAAUUUGUACAGUUUCUAGCACAGACGGCUGAAUAUUCAGGCUUCAGCGUAGCGAAGUGUUCGUCUGUCAGUCGUGUUCCUGCUGCAGUGUGGAGCUCAAACAUUAAUCUGACAGUGUUUUCGCCUUCGUCUGGGUCAUUUUAAAGCAAAAAAUCUCAAACAUUCUCAGCUCCAGCUUCUCCAUCAUGAGGGUCAGUUUAUAACUGAGAGACUUUUGAAGUUGAAAAUUGUCCAAAUUGACUCAAAACUCGUCCAAAAUCACUUGAAAAUUAGUGAUUGUUAUAUACAAAGACUCAAAAAUGGUGCAAAAUGAUGAGAAAUGAUCGUCGUCAUGACAUAAAACUUGUUAAAAAUGACUCAAAAAUUGUCUGAAUCAAUGUAUAAUUUAGGGUCUUUUGAAGUCCAUGGCGUAUAUCUGCAUACAUUUUUAUUAAAAGUAAAAAGUAAUGUUUUCUAAGUUCAUUAUGAUCACGUCUUUACAAAUUCCAUCAUUAUUUAUUAUGAAAACAAUCACUUAUUAAUGAAAAAUGACUGGAUAUCCCUAAAAUGUUCACUAAAUAACCGUCCGUAUUUAAAAACAACCACCUUCUAAUGAGCUAAACAAUAAUAAAAUGAGCUGAAUCAGAAAUAGUUUGGAUUGUGUUCUUUUUCUUAAGUUGAGAUGACUCAAAGUUUGACAAAAAUGACUCAAAAUUGUCCAAAAUGACUUAAAAAUUAUCCAUAAUUACAGAAAAUUAGUCCAGGAUGACAUGAAAUUUGUCCUAAAUGUUAUGAAAAUUAUUCCAAAGACACAAAAAUGAUGAGAAACGAUCCAAGCUGACAUUAAAACUAAUUGAAAAUGACUCAAAGCUUGUCCAAAAUGACUUGAAAAUGAUCCAUAAUUACAGAAAAUUAGUCCAGAAUGACAUGAAAAUCAUCGCAUGUCAACAGGUUUACUGCAAUGUCUUUAUAAAUGACUUUCAAUUUAAAUUUCACUAACUGUACGUAUAAUAUUUAGAAGAAUCUUUCUCUAAAAUGCCGUGUGGUGUUUGGUUAUAGAUGCUGAUUUUAGGCCUGAAAACGGCAAAAAUGUCGACUCUGAUACAAAAAGUCCUGCGGUUAUAUGCUGACCCAUGAGGAUUUAUUUCUAUUUAUUGUCUUGUGUGACGCUGAAACUGACUUUCUUUGGGCUGUUUGUCAGUAGAGCAGCAACGAUUAAUCGAUUAAUCGAUUAGUUGUCAGCUAAUUCAUUUUUUAAGCUAAAAAGUCUAAAUUCCAUGAUUCCAGCUUCUUAAAUCUGAUUAUUUUACGGUUUAUUUCCUCUUCUGUGACAACAAACUGAUUCUCUUCAUUUGGGGCUUUUGAUUUUCACCGUUUUCUAGACCAAACUAAUCGAUUAAUCGGGAAAACACUCAAUCAUUAGACUAAUCAUUGGUUGCAGUCCUGUUCGUCGGACAAAAUAAUAAUUCAAAGACAUUUCCGAUGCUGUUUCUUCAUCAGUAAUGAAAGUAACGGCUUAUUUUCAUCUCAUCUUCAGCUUUUCUUGUCUGCUCUUCCCACUUUUUCUUUUUUUUUUCUCCUCCGUGGCUCACUCUGGUGUUUUUAAAAAGGUUCAUGUGUAUAUUGUUGCCAUAACUGACGCCCUGUACCUUUUAGCGGUUAUGUAACUUGACUUUACGGUUGUGUAUUUAUUAAUAGUGUUUGACUCUGCUGUUUAUAAUGUCAGAAAGCAGCCAGACUCACGUUGAGCUCCUCAGCGUUCACUUACACAGAACUCUCAUGCCAAUAUUGCGUAAAUGUAAAAGCACUUCUCAGAUUUUUCAGCCUGGAAACUCACAUUUAUUAUAAUUUCACUCCUAACAAGCUCUCGUCCGUGUUGCUUUUGGACUGAAAGUAACAUCUCUGUGCACGUUUUCAUCGUUUUAGUUUAAAACAUUUCACGAGGAGCCGCCUGCAGCUGCUCUGAAGCGUUCAGUCAUCUUCAGGUUUACAGAAAAGUCACAUUUCUACUUUGUUUUGCUGCUUCCGGCAUCCAGAAGUCAUCAGUUAAUUUACAGCUAUUUUGUCAAUCGAUUUAGCUCUGCAGUCUUUAAGCAAAACAAAACCACUCAGAUGUUUUUUCUUUUCUUUAUUCCUGCAGGAAAUCAGUUUGGAUUGUAAAGAUUUUACACCAAUAUUUAUGUAAUUUGUUGCAAAAGUAUGGGAUUUUCCCCUUAAAGUCCUAAAAGAUAAGAUUCUUCAGUUUAAUGUACACAAGAUAAAAGAUUAUAUUCAUGUCUCAGAUCAGCCACAUUAAAGCCACAGGCAGGUGAAGUAAAUAUCAUGGAUUAUUUAAGAUUUAAGAGAUUAAAGAAGCCUUUAUCAUCAAUACACAUGAAAAUACAGUGAAAUUCUGCUGCCAAUCUCUGACAGUAGCGGCAUGAAUCGUAGUGGACACUUCAUAGGAAAACAUCAGAGUAUGUAUAUGUAAAUAUAGAUAAAAUAUCAGAUUAUAAUACAGUUUUCUGCUGGAAACCUUGAGUCCUGCACCCACUAAAAUAUUCUUUAGUCUCGUCCCAACAGAAGAAGCCCUCUUUAGCUGAAAUAAUCUGCCCUGCUAAACUGCUAAACUGCACAGGAACGGCUCGAGGAACACGACCAAGAGCCUCCGAACUCCCCAGAUCACAGUCCAGGAACGAGUCCGCUCCACGGAGGGCGAAUGAACUGAACAGGAUCACAGCCAGAAGUCCUGUGUCCGUGUUUCAGCAGGUCAGAGCUGUUUUAGCUGCACACCGUAUUAAACAGGUGGUUUUAAUGUUGUGGCUCGUCGGUGUGACUCCUGCACACAAUAUCACAUCAAUAACUUGUCUGUGAAAGUAUUUAAUAUCAUGUUUAAAGGCCAGAUUAACUCGUUAGCUUUGAAAUCAGCUGACUGGUUCAUCUGGGGCUCUUGGGGCAAAAAAUUAGUCAAAAAUUACAUAAAUCACCGACUGAUUUGACAGUUAAAUAAUUGGUUUCAGUCAUUUUUAACUUAAAGAAAUAGCUAGAUUCUUUGAUUUCAGCUUCUUAAAUGUGAUUAUUUUCCACUUUCUUUCCUUCUCUAUAACAGUAUAUUAAAUAUUUGUCAUCUUAGGCUUUAGGAAUCAAUAUUUUUCUCUAUUUUCUGAUUUUUUAACGACCAAUUAAUAAUCACAAAUAAUCAUUUGUUGCAGCCAGAUUGUUCAUUUCACAUACGGCGACAUUACAACCGUGGUUUUGGCUCUCAGAACAGGUCAAACCUCAGCGCUGGGUUUAAUUUCUGGCACGAAAAGCUAAUUUAAAGUGAACCAAAACUAAACCACACGUCAGCAGCAUUUUAAUAACACAGAAAACAGGGUCGAGCUUCAAAGUUCAGUGUUAAACACAAGAUUUUACACUGAAAUUACAGAAGUAGUCCCUCACAGAAUAAGGCAUAUCAUUUAAAGGGUAAAUGAUUACGUUUUUAUUUGAUGAAACGUAGAAAAUAAAAUCUGAAAUCUAACAUUCUGAAGAAAAAACUGCGUUAAAGUCGACCGCAGAGAGUUUAUUAAACAGGUAGACAUUAAAAUACAUAAAAAUUAAAAAUGAAAGGGUUCAUUUUAAGCCUAAAAGUGUUAAAUUUGUGAGUUCAGAUACCAGUGUGACGAGUAAAUAAUGCAGAUUACUUAUUAAUUAUAACGAUAUUCUGAUAUAAGAUCCAAAAAGCGACUAAAUCAAACCAUGUAAAGAGAGAACAUCCAUUGAUUGCUGUUCUUUAAGCCUCCCUCCGCUACAGAUGGAUGUCUAAGAACAGAAAAGCAGCUCUCCAGAGCCUCUGAGGUCCAUCCUUCCUCCUCUCUCGUGUUGUCACCCAUCGCUUCCAUCAAAGAGCAGCUGCUGGGUCUCCGGUUAGCGUGGAAAUGUCUGGUUCCCGUGGCGACGGCGAAGCUGUCAGACGCAGGAAACGCUCCUUUAAACUGCUCCCAUCAUUCUGAAUGUAAAUAAAGCAUGAGAUACUACGGCCUGCUUUCAUUUCUACUACGGUUAGAGGGUUUAUAUAUAAGGUAGGUUGACGUUUUGUUCCUGUCCUUGAGCUCAUGGUCAUUUUUCUUUCUUUUUCUUUCUUUUUUUCUUAUUUUCUAUCAAUGUGAAUGAUAUUUAAAGCUGUCGUUGUGUUUUAGAGAAUCGAGCCAGCUCAUAUGAACUCUUUUUACACGUUAGGAGGUUCUGAUGUGAUCCAUCUCAGUGUUUUUUAGAGCGGUGCGGGUAAAGGCGACGUCCGUUUGAUGCUAAACAUUACAGUGAGCUAUGUGUGUCACUGCCUUGUUGAAAACUCACCAAUGGAAAAAUGUUGUUUGUUGAGCCUCUCGUUCCGGGAGGCGCGGAAGAUCAAAAAUAAAAGUGUUUUGAAAGGUU